AUGGUCUCUUCCAGAAUGAUCACUUACGAGACCGGCGAACUCAACUUUACAGUCGGAAACCAACAACAUCCCUUGAAAGUGUACCCAGUCAAGGUUGAUUAUGACGAAGACUGCGUCAUCAUCUCUGGGCACACUGCCUUCGCCCACCCUGAGCUCGACUUUCCACCAAUGCUUCAAAUCAUCGUCCGAGACCCUCGUUACGCCGGCGACCUUCGCAAGCAGCUGGGCCUGAAGCCAUGGACAGUUGAAACUGAGCAGCGCUUGCUUGCAUACAUGGCGGCCGACGGGUACAACGAGGACAUCAACCUCUGGUCUAAGGAACCGAGUUUGCUCUUCGAACACCUCAAUCGGGGUCCGCUUCAGCAUAGAGAGGCCUGCUUCCGGGCACUGCUGAUCAUGCUUCAAACCAAGGACGCCCGGGCCUACGAUCAUGCCUACAGCAGCGUCCAGGGGCUCGACGAGCCUGCCCGGUCGUGCUUCUCAAAGUACCUGGGCACCGUCAGCCUCGACAUAUCCACCAGCGUCUACGGACAGCCCCUCAUGGUCUAUGGCACCGUCACAGAGUUCGUUCCAGGUUUCGGCGCCGAUGAGCUUUGCGAGCAUAUCCCACGCCACCUUUGGCAUCGCACCAUCUCGUCCAUCAUCAGCACCGUACACACGGUUGUCACCAAUGCCACCAGACUGCGCCAUGACAGGCUGCAACCCAAGCACUUCACCAUGUCCUAUAGCUACAACAAGGGCGGGGUUGGAUCACGCAUCGUGCUCACGAACCUCAAUGGCUUCCUCUGGCACGGCAGCAACCAUGAUCCAAGCUACAACAUGCUCAUCGACCUGGCUAAGGCUCAGGGAAAUGUCUUUGACCAGCUUCUUCAGCAAGUUGACGACAAGGGAGUCGUUCUCGAGGAUGCCGACCUCAUUGUCUGGGGCACAGGCACCUGA